AUGGCAAAAUAUUAUGUUUUAGUAGCAGUUACUACGAUGACAUUUAGCACUGUUUUUUAUUACAUCAACGCAUUGUUGCCAAAUGUAAAAAUGGUAAUAAGCAAUUCAUCAUUGAGUUACAAACUACCGUACAAAACACGAACCAUUGUCGAUAUACGCGACAUUAGGGUCUAUAUUUUUCUCUGUAUUUAUCAGAUGUUGGUAGUACCAAGUAUUGUACUAGGUUUCGUCGGAUUUGAUUGUUUGUUCGCCAAUCUUGCAUUUCAUAUUUCUGCACAAUUUGGAAUUCUCAGUUCUAUGCUGAAAGAAAUUCUCGACGACUCUAAUUCUUUUCAAUAUAAUAUAAAGGAACUUUUACUUCGACAUUACGUAUUGAUAAGACAAGCGAAAACUUUGGAAGAUAAUUUUAAUGUAAUAAUAUUGCAACAAUUAAUAAGCACGACGUUUCAACUUUGUUCAUCUGCUUACAAUACAAUUUUGGACUCAGUAAGCAAAGAAACAUUAACGUUAAUCAUAUUCUGCUUUUAUGCUUUGAGCACAUUGAGUACAUUGUUUCUUUAUUGUUACAUCGGCGAGUGUCUUAUUCAAGAAAGUUUGAGCCUGAGCAACGCAAUUUAUCGUUACGAGUGGUAUAACAAGUCACCAAUGAACUUAAAAAUGGUAAUAAUUUGUAUGUUGCAAAUGAAGAAACCACAGCAAUUAACUUCCGAUUCUCAAAACUACGAUGGGAUAUCUGUCACUACUGCGAACACUUCUAUGAAGAUUUUUUUGUAUUCUAUUUAG